AUGUAUGGAUUGCAACAUGGGAAAACAUUUACACCGACAAAUUUAAUGGAAAUGAAGGCUUUCCUAGGACUUCAUAUAAUUAUGGGAUGCUUGAAAUACCCCAAAGUUAGAAUGUAUUGGGAUUCAGCAUUGCAUUUAGAUGUCUUUGUGGAAAGUAUGUCAAGAGAGAGUUUUUUCCAACUGAGAUCAAAUUUCCAUGUAGUUGACAAUUUGGCAAGGCCAGAAAAUUGCAAAGACAAAUUUUACAAAGUGAGACCCAUUUAUGAUUGUAUUAGAUGUAGAUGUUUGGAACUACAGAUUGAGGAAGAAUUAUGUGUUGACAAGCAAAUGAUUCCUUUCAAAAGUCAUUUAGGAGUAAAGCAGUAUUGUAAGGGAAAGCCUAAACCUUGGGGUAUAAAACUGUUUUUAUUAUGUGGAAGAAGUGGUCUGUGCUAUGACUUUCUGUUGUACCAAGGAGAUACUCCAGAAAUCUCAAACACUUUUGUAAAAAAGUUUGGUUUAGGGGCAUCUAUUGUUCUAAAACUUGUUGAGAGAAUUAACAGGGAACAUGCUUAUUUAUAUUUUGAUAAUUUCUUCACAACAUUCAACUUACUAGAAAUAUUAAAAAUAACAAAUAUAUAUGCAGCAGGAACAGCAAGACUAUGUCACAUGCCAAAUGUACCUUUCACUAGUGAUAAGGAUUUGAAAAAAAAAGGGAGUGGUUUUUCUGAAGAAGUGGUGAGCAUGAAUGAAUCAGUGAUAAUGUGUAAAUGGUUUGACAACAGACCAGUAGUUCUGGCAUCAAAUUUUGUAGGAUGUGGUAGUCAAGAUGAAGUACAGCGCUGGGAAAAAUCAAGAAAGACGUAUGUUUCUGUCUCACGGCCUGAAGUUGUACAUCGUUACAACCAUGCUAUGGGUGGUGUUGACAAAAUAGAUAUGUUAAUUAGCAUGUAUAGGAUUUUUAUUAAAUCUAGAAAAUGGACAUAG